ACAGUGAGUCAGAGAUUUAUAAAAACAUUUUAAGUUUAAACAAAACCUGAGAAAACACGUGACAUAUGUUUGAUGUUAUGGUUAUUAUGUUAUGAUUUAUUAUAUCAAUAAUCAAACGAUUCUUUGGAUUUUUUUGUCACUAAUUAUUGACUGAUUUUUUCGGUGACAAUGAGUGGUAAAGACGACCCAAAGAUUGAUGAGAUGUACACCGGAUUCAAGAGACGAGCGGAACAGAUAAACAAAGAGAGAGUCAGCAAAUUAGUUAAGACUAACAAAUCAAACAAAUUAUUGGGUCUUAUAUUGACAUCAUUUGUCGGAUCAGUUUACCUAUACUCGAUGUUUGCCGUCAAACAGGAAAAGUUUUUGGAUGAGAUCGUCGACUUGGAUGACACACAACAAGUCAAGACAUAAUCAUUUAAAUUAAUUGUUUUAUAGUUUUGUUUGUAAUAAUGUUUUAAUUAUAUUUAGUGUAUAAAAUAGAUUUAUUUAAUAAU